AUGGAUUCAGCAAGUUUAUUCAAUGUUCAGGGCAAAGUAGUGCUGGUAACUGGCGGAGCCAAAGGAAUUGGUCGCAUGAUCUCGGAGGGCUAUGUCACAAAUGGCGCGACCGUCUACAUCUCGUCUCGUGAUGCAAAGGCCUGUGAGCAAGCCGCCAAGGAGCUCAACGCAUUGGGCAAGGGCAAAGCCCAUGCUAUCCCAGCCAACUUCUACAACUUAGACGACGUGAAGAAGCUGGCCGAGGAGCUAGGCAAGCGCGAAGGCAGUAAGUAUCUUAAGCCGUAUCUGACAGGUAUCGCCUCCGUACUAACGCGCUAUCUUCCUCUAGAACUUCACGUCCUCGUUAACAACUCCGGUUCGAACUGGGGUGCCCCUUACGACGAAUAUCCCUCCGAAGCCUUCACACGAGUCCUCACCCUCAACCUGCACCGAGUCUUUGACCUGACACAGCUCGUCACACCACUUCUUGAGAAAGCGGCUACCCCCGAAGACCCAUCCCGUAUCAUCAACAUUGGCAGCAUUGAUGGGCUUCGUGUUCCCUCCCUCGAGACAUUCGCAUACAGUUCCAGUAAGGCCGGACUGCAUCACCUAAGCCGUGUGCUCGCCAACCACCUGGGCAAGCGAAACAUUACCUCCAACACCUUGGCCUGCGGACCUUUUGAGAGUAAGAUGAUGGCCGCUACAUUGAAGUCAUUCGGCGAGACUAUCAAGGCCGGUGUGCCUCUGGGUCGUAUUGGAACCCCGCAGGAUGUGGCUGGUUCUUGCUUGUUCUUGAGCAGCCGUGCUGGUGCGUAUAUUAAUGGCUCGACUAUCGCAGUUGAUGGUGGAAGUGCUAUUGCUGCCAAGCUGUAA